AAAGGACAAAUGAAGACAUAAUUUAACUUCAACUAAGAAGUCUUCAAUACACCACCAAGGAGUAUUACCUAGGAUCCACCAAAGAAGCCAACCCAUCAGCUACACCUCCGGUAGGAAUAAAUCGUGCUGAUAUUGUAUUGCUCCGACCACGUCAGCGGUCUUAGGACUGGAUGCAUGGACUAUCGAUUGAACCGACAAUAAGUUGACAUGUCGUGGAGUGGACCGUCCACAGGAGUCGCGCCAUAUCAAACACAUCCGUAUGCCCAAGGACAGCCGUAUCAACCCCAUUCACAUCCACAUCAUGGCCAGCCAUCAAACCAUGGCCAACACCCCAUGCAAUUCCAGCAUGGCCCUCCCCAAUACAGACCAUCAGAAAGACGGCCCCCCAAGAAGAAAGGCAAUCCUGUCAUAACCAAAUAUCCACCCCCGCCUGGUUAUCGUGGGCCGAAUCAGCCACAACGGUCUUAUGGAUCUCGGCAUCAGAAUCAAUUCCAGCAACCUCAGCAGUCGUAUGGUCAUAUUAACGGGACUCCGCCACUGCCACCUCCCCCUGGUCAUCCAUAUCAAGGCUAUCCACCUUCUAACCAUAUAUCUGGCCCAAGCUAUCAUUCCCAAAGUUCCGGUCCACAGCAAAACUAUUCGCAGCAUUCUGCCUAUCCUCAAUCGGUGGCUCCACAGGUACAGUCCCAUCAAAACAGCCAACAAGGCUAUCCUACGCAAGGCUACCCGCAUGGCUACAGUUACCAAGGAAGCCAAGGGUAUUCUCCAUCCCAGAACGGCUAUUCUGGAUAUGCACACCAGUCUGGCAGCCAGCCUCCGUAUGGUGCACAUCAGAAUUGGAACAACAAUAACCAAGUAUCUUAUGGGCAGGGACCUCAUGACCAAUUUAAUGCGUAUGGCAACCAAGCAGCGCCUGCAAAAAGAAAAGAUUCCCAAACUGCAACUACGCUAGUAACGUCACAACCCAAUACGUCUCAUAGUUCCCCUGUGCAAGCUCAACCAACUAGUGGCUCAAACGAAGAGAAUGAAAAGCCUCAGCUCUAUCUUGCAUGGGACGAUUGGGACUUCGAUUUCGACGGCGCCAUUUGGCCAAAAAGCAAUGAACCAGUCGAUCCAAGUUUAAGUCUUGGGGUUAUAAUCUGGAGACCUGCAAAACAAGUUACACGCGCUCUGCCAGCAACUUUUGAAGAAGCUGAAGAGCAAGCUCUGAAACCCCCUGCCGAGAAGCUUGAUAAUGGGGAGUCGGUCUCCAUCUAUUUCACGAUUGAAAAUUCUCAUGAAGCAUUCUUGAACAUCCGACAGACGGACUACUGGAACGAGAUCAAAGAUGAUCCAGUUUUUGUGGUAUUCCCCGACAGCAAAGAUAUGAAACUGAUUACUGUGGAUGCGUGCAUUGCUCAAUGCGAUCGGAUGGACGAAGCUCUUGACGAGGGUACAAGCGGGAAUGACGAGAUCAUGCAAGAUUCGACAUGGAACGUCAUGGAUAAUCUCGAACAAAUGCUAACCAGUCGAGGAAGCCAAUCCAAGCCUCGGCUUGCUAUGCAGUCAGAAUCAUUGCGAAGCCAGAAACAAGAAGAUAUUCUCGCGAUGCUUGGUGUCACAGGCUCCCCCAAGCCAAUUACAGACGAACAUAAAGCAUUCCCUUUCCCUCUUGUGCAGAACAGCACCAUUGUCUCCGAAGAGACAUCUCAAAUAUCUCCCUCUCAACAAGCCGUUGUUAAAACCGAGCAUACAGCUCUUCCCGCUCCCCCUUCUGCAACCCCAUCAUCAGAUCAAGGGCACCCUCAAAGACUGGGAAAUUCUGGUCCUGGGGCGGCUGAGAGCGUGCACGAGCAUCCAAACGGCUCGGCAAGAUUAGAGCGUAGUGAUGUAACAUUGGCUAGUUCAAAUUCCAGUGAUAGUCCGCAGAUCGAGGGUUCAAAAUCCUCAGCUGCAGCAUCACAAACUGUGCGAAACGAUACCCCAAUCUCCAGAAAGCGAAGCUAUGAGUCCGAUACCAACGACGAGGGUAUACGCCAGCAAGAUGAGACCUUCAAGCGCAAGAGGCGAUCUCCGAUCGAUGCUGCUUAUGGCCGCCGCUGAUUGUCGUAGUGCUAGCGAGUUGGGUCUGCCAGCAUCGAGAGACAUAACAUUAUUUUCAACAUUUACAAAGUGAGGAGAUCCAACAUGUUUCCUAUCUACCAAUUUUCAGGGUUCAGCCACCAAUCUUAACAAUUUAGCGAUAUAUCAUCAGAAUUGAUUUCCAAGGCGUUAUGGGUACGGUAUUUCAUACGGAUAUGGAGGUCAUAUCAUCCAAUUAUUGCAGUCGGAAUAUUUAAUUGUGAACAUUAUAUGAUGCACAAUUUUUCCAUAUUUUUCGUUUUAUUAGCCUUACGAUUCUUUCUCUGGCU